AUGCUACUGGCGGCAGGGUGGAAAGAUGCUUCGUAUUUGGAUGCGUAUUGCAACCAAGUGAAGACUUGCACUGAGAUCGCACUGAACUGUGUGGAAUCCAACAGCCACAAAAGGCCCUGUAUUGAGGAUAUCAUCACUAUGUUGAAUGAAACAGAAGAAACUAUUGAUAAACUGUACCAGCACCUAUUUGUUGUCCAGCCUCCCUAUCUCUGCUUCCCCUUCGAGCCAGAUAAGCUGAUUCCAUGUCCAGUGCACCUGACCAACAACGCAGAUCAUGGCAUUUCCUUCAGGAUUCAGACAAAUACCCCAGACAUCUUUGCCAAUUCGCUCCGAGGCAUUGUGCCUGCACGAUCCACUCAGACUUACAUUUUGACGAUGCAAAAGCAACAGAAGCCACCCACAAACCUGGAUACGAUCCACAUCGAGAGCGUUGUAGCCCAAGUGGCCUUCUGGGACAUUGGCUGCUCUUUUACCAAAUUAGAAGCGGUUCAUGAUGAGUCGAAAGUAGUGAAGAUAACGAGCCUUUCUGAGUGUGCAAGCCAGCUAGCAUCCAAGGUAUUAUCCCUGAAUCCUACUUAUGCUACCAUAGACGUGCAUCCAUUGCAGCCAUGGGUUCUAAUUACGACAUGUGAGGCACCUGGCAUUGAAAUUUGGAACUACAAGACCAGGGCAAAGUUGGACCUGCCUUAUAUGCUUCCGCCGAUAGAAGAUGUGACGGUGGCCAAAUUUAUUGCACGCAAGCAAUGGUUUGUGGCCGGAGAUGAGGAUGGUUACAUUCAUGUGUAUUGCUACAGGGCAAUGCAGCAACUCACGUAUUUUCAAGCUGACGUACAUGGCAUAACGGACUUGGAAGUUCAUCCAACCGAGUCAUAUGUCCUGUCAGCUUCUUUGUCCGAGGGAAAUGUUAAGUUGUGGGACUGGGAAAAGGGCUGGGAAUGCACUCGAAUAUUUAAGUUUGUUGACUUUGACCCUGUCUAUGGAGUCACCUUUUUAAACAUAAAGGAUACGGAUACUUUUGCAGUUCAUGGCGGUGGCGGAAUAAUAAAGAUUUGCAGUCUUCGUUCUUCUGAAUUCAUAUUGUCAGAAUAUAAAGAUCCAGGUUUUAUAGCUUGCUUCGAUAUCUUUGCUAAUGGUGACCAGCUAUACUUGAUUACUGUUAACCCUGAUGGGACUGUCAAGAUUUGGAGCAUGCACACACAGAAUCUUGUUGAAACAGUCAAAGACGCACAUUUUAGUCCAGUGAACGCAAUCUGUUCCGAUUCCGAGCAUGCAGUACUAGUUACUGGUUCAGUUGAUGGAACUGUUUGUCUAUGGAACCCAAAUACCCUCAGGCCUGAGAGGACGUUUAACUUUGGCCUAGAACGUGUUAAUGAUGUAAAAGUAUGUACGGAUAGCUCAAGAAGUUACAGGGUAGUAAUUGCACACGAGAACGGAUUGGCAAUGAUAGAAAUGGACGGAAAUGAUCCAGUUGUUGCUAACACUGGAAGCAGCAGUAAAGUAGAAAAUGAUUUGGUCGGCUCAAGAAAAAGAAAACGACCAGAGGAUGACCGGGCGGAGAUCAAAAAUGAAGAAAACGAUUUUAUACAUUCUGUCACGGAUACUGGUAAUGUGGCAGAGCAGAUGCAGGGCAACGGACAGACGGAUGAAGAGAUGAACUCUGUCUCCAGUAAGCUGCUCGGCGUUUACCCCGGGAAGCUUCAGCUACCAUUUAAGGCCAAUCAGCUGACCUCUUGUUCACUAAAGCUGACUAACACGACAGAUGACCACGUUGCUGUUAGGCUUCUGACAAAGUGCCCCAAGAGGUACAUAGCAAAGAUGCCACUCUGUUGCAUCGUGCCGCCAAAGUGCAUCUACACACUCAUAGUGACAGUUAGCGAUCAGAAGAAGAGAUCCCAGCUGAGCAGUGACGAGUUUCUCACCCUAGAGAGCACCAUUUGCUUGGAACAAGAUAUUGUUGGGCUGCAGAAUGCUAAUCUAAACUCAGAAGCCAUCGAGUUUAGCAAUUUUUUUAAACAAGCGAAAGACAUGGCAGCUGAUAAGGUGUAUGCGCUAAAGUUAAGUGUUGUUUCUAACCCACUAAAAGAGACAACCUCUGUUAAGCAACAGCCAGAGGUCGAGGUUGUAUCCAAUAGGAAGUUUUCACAUGUGCUGUCUCUAGACGCACAUCCGACGGAACCAUGGAUACUGACGACCAAUCAAGCAGGAGAGGUUGCUAUUUGGGACUACCAAGUGCAGGCCAUAGCUAAAUCCUUUGACUUCACACAGAGACCAGUUUACUCUGCUAAAUUCAUUGCGCGAGAGGAAUGGAUUGUCGCUGGCGAUGGCUAUGGGAUGAUCUAUGUAUACAAUUACCAUACAAAGGAAGAAGUUACAAGCAUCGAAGCUCAUGAUAGUGAUAUCACGUCUUUGGAUGUGCAUCCCACUGAUCCUCUUGUGCUCUCUUCGUCCGAGGAUCACCUGAUAAAGCUCUGGAACUGGCGGAAGAAGAACUGGAAGUGUAUUCGAACGUUUGAGGGACACUCCGACAGAGUAAAACACAUAAAUUUUAACCUAAUGGACACCAACAGUUUUGCAACUGCAUCUUUGGAUCACACAAUCAAGAUCUGGAACAUUUCUUCUCCUGAGAGCAAAAUUACAAUGUCUGAUCACCCGGACGGGCUGCUUUGUGUUCACAGUUACACAAUUGAUAUGAGGCAAUAUUUGAUCGCCGGAUCAUGGGAUGGGACUGCACAAAUAUGGGACAUGCAGACGGGAAGACUUGUUCAAACGCUCAAAGGGCAUGUACGUCAUAUUAGUUGUGUCUACCAUCACCCAGAACUUCCUGUAGUAAUCACAGGUUCACAUGAUGGGACUGUUCGUUUAUGGAACUCCACUACCUACAGGCUCAAAAGUAUAGUUGGUAUUAACCUUGGUGUAGUUCAUGCUCUUGAAUAUAUCAAAGACUUAAGAAGGAUUGUGGUUGGUUGUCACCAAGGAAUAGCCAUUAUGGGAUUGAACUACAGUUAA